AUGCAAGAGCACGUCGUGCAGCGCGUGCUCCAGGACCUGCUCAAUCUGGACCCAGUGGCAACUCCCGUGCCGUCCCGGGCGCUAUGGCCGCACUGGACAGAGCAGGACAAGCAGAAAGUGAAGCUCCGCGUGCUCAGUUUGAACGCCUGGGGUCUGCCAGUCGCCCCCAAGUGCACGGAGCGCGCCGUGCACAUCGCCCGUGCGAUCUCAACUGCCUACGAGCUGGUUGUGCUGCAGGAGAUCUGGCACGUGCGCGAACGCAACUUGAUCAUUGCCAAAGCGCAGGAGAGCGGGUUCCAUUACUACCACUACUUUAAUUCUGCGGUGGGGUUUCCCUUUCCCAUGGGCGCCGACUCGUUCGGCACGGGUCUGUUGGUCCUGUCGACGUUCCCCAUCUCGAGUGCCCUCUAUCACUCUUUUGGACUCAGUGGACGACCGUACGCUCUCCACGAGUCGGACUUUGUGGCCAAUAAAGGUGUGGGCUUGCUCCGGGUCGAGACCCCUGCGGGACAAAUUGACGUCUACGUGACCCAUCUGCUGGCCAACUACAACACGCGAGGGGCGCCGGGUCCUGGCGACUUUUAUCAAUCGCAUCGAGUCGGCCAGAGCUACGAACUCUCGCAGUUCGUCUUGGCGACAAGUCGCAAUCCCCUGACCAUUGUCUGUGGCGACUUUAACUCGUCGCCCGAUUGUCUGGAGCUGAAAGUGCCGCGACAGUUGCUGUGUCUGCGAGACGCGUUCACCGAUACGAACGACGGCGAGGAUGGCUUGACGUUUGCGUCUCCUGACAACAAGUACUCGCAUGGCGAACAUCCGAUGCGUAUGGACUACGUUCUGUACAAGAUCAAUCGACCACAAGACGGCGAGUUGAAUUGGCAUUUGGUGCAAAGCAGCAUCUUCAAGGGCUUUUUCAUCGAUGCUCGAGGGGAGACGACGCCGUUGUCGGACCACUUUGGCGUCAGUGCCGAGUUUGUGUUCGGUGAUCCGCGACCGCAUAUCUGCAACCAAAGGACUGCAAGCGCUGUGGUUCCCACUGACGAAGGAGGGUCACUAACUGCGACAUUGGUGGCGCAAAUCUAUCCCACGACGACGUGUUCGCACUGCAACGAACAAGGGCGGGAACAGUGUGGGGAGGACAAGGCUGCAGCAGAUGUAGCGUGCCUAAAAGAGGUGCUGAGAGUACUACACGCUGGCCGCAAGGAGGCGCUCGUGGCUCGGCGGACUCGGCUCCGGCGAGCUGUAGCCUUCUUUGUGGCAGCGCUUGCAGUGUUUGUGACCCAUGUGAUGUCGAUCGUGGUGUCAAGAUGGUCGUGGGCGGCCGUCGUAUUGUUCGGCAUUAUCAGCGCGACGGAGUACGUCCUGACGUUCUUCUUUCUCACGUUCGAGUGCUCGACGUUCACAGAGCUCACGAACGAAGUGCAGCUGGAUCUUUACGUACACACACAACGGAACAGAGAGGCGAUGAGUACGAAGGCGAGCGAGGUCUGA